AGGCAUUCGGCGGCGAUGGAGCGGCCCGGGGGAGCUGCGGCCAGCCUCUGGCGCUGGCCCCACGGCCUCGGCCUUCUCCUUUUCCUCCUCCAGCUGCUGCCGCCGGCGACCCUCGGCCAGGACCGGCUGGACGCGCCGCCGCCGCCCGCUGCGCCGCUGUCGAGCUGGUCCGGCCCCGUCGGGGUGAGCUGGGGGCUGCGCGCGGCCGCGCCCGGGGGCCCGGCUCCCCGCGGCGGCCGUUGGCGCCGCAGCGCGCCCGGCGAGGACGAAGACUGCGGCGGGGUCCAGGACUUCGUGAGCAGGCUGGCUAACAACACACACCAGCAUGUAUUUGAUGAUCUCAGUGGCUCAGUAUCCUUGUCCUGGGUUGGAGACAGCACUGGGAUCAUUCUAGUCUUAACCACCUUCCAUGUACCACUGGUAAUUAUGACUUUUGGACAGUCCAAGCUAUAUCGAAGUGAGGACUAUGGAAAGAACUUUAAGGAUAUCACAAAUCUCAUCAAUAACACCUUCAUUCGGACUGAAUUUGGCAUGGCUAUUGGUCCUGAGAACUCCGGGAAGGUGAUUUUAACAGCAGAGGUAUCUGGAGGAAGUCAUGGAGGAAGAAUCUUCAGAUCAUCAGAUUUUGCAAAGAACUUUGUCCAGACCAAUCUCCCUUUUCAUCCUCUGACUCAGAUGAUGUAUAGCCCGCAAAAUUCUGAUUAUCUUUUAGCUCUCAGCACUGAAAAUGGCCUGUGGGUGUCCAAGAAUUUUGGGGGAAAAUGGGAAGAAAUCCACAAAGCAGUCUGUUUGGCCAAAUGGGGAUCAGAAAACAUCAUCUUCUUUACCACCUAUGUGAAUGGCUCCUGCAAAGCUGACCUUGGGGCACUGGAAUUACGGAGAACUUCAGACUUGGGGAAAAGCUUCAAAACCAUUGGUGUGAAAAUCUACUCGUUUGGUCUUGGGGGACGUUUCCUUUUUGCCUCUGUGAUGGCUGAUAAGGAUACAACAAGAAGGAUUCAUGUGUCAACAGAUCAAGGAGACACAUGGAGCAUGGCCCAGCUCCCAUCUGUGGGGCAGGAACAGUUCUACUCUAUUCUAGCAGCUAAUGACGACAUGGUGUUCAUGCAUGUAGAUGAACCUGGAGACACUGGAUUUGGUACCAUAUUUACCUCCGACGAUCGAGGCAUUGUCUAUUCCAAAUCCUUGGACCGACAUCUCUAUACCACUACGGGUGGCGAGACGGACUUUACCAAUGUGACCUCCCUUCGUGGUGUCUACAUGACAAGUGUGCUCUCAGAAGAUAAUUCUAUCCAGACUAUGAUCACUUUUGACCAAGGAGGAAGGUGGAAGCACCUGAGGAAGCCUGAGAACAGUGAAUGCGAUGCUACUGCCAAAAAUAAGAACGAGUGCAGCCUUCAUAUCCAUGCUUCCUAUAGCAUCUCUCAGAAACUAAACGUUCCAAUGGCCCCACUGUCAGAGCCUAAUGCUGUUGGCAUAGUCAUUGCCCAUGGUAGCGUGGGGGAUGCCAUCUCGGUGAUGGUCCCAGAUGUGUACAUCUCAGAUGACGGGGGUUACUCCUGGAUGAAGAUGCUGGAAGGACCCCACUAUUACACCAUCCUGGACUCUGGAGGCAUCAUCGUAGCCAUCGAGCACAGCAGCCAUCCAAUCAAUGUGAUUAAGUUCUCCACAGAUGAGGGUCAGUGCUGGCAAACCUACACAUUUACCAGGGAGCCUAUCUACUUUACGGGCCUGGCUUCAGAACCCGGAGCCAGGUCCAUGAACAUCAGCAUCUGGGGCUUCACAGAAUCUUUCCUGGCUCGCCAGUGGGUCUCCUACACCAUCGAUUUCAAAGAUAUCCUUGAAAGGAACUGUGAAGAGAAGGACUAUACCAUCUGGCUGGCUCACUCUACAGACCCUGGAGAUUAUGGAGAUGGCUGCAUUUUAGGCUAUAAAGAACAAUACCUCCGGCUACGCAAGUCAUCCGUCUGCCAGAAUGGUCGAAACUAUGUUGUGACCAAGCAGCCGUCCGUUUGUCCCUGCUCCCUGGAGGACUUCCUCUGUGAUUUUGGCUACUUCCGUCCAGAAAAUGACUCCAAGUGUGUGGAGCAGCCGGAACUGAAGGGCCACGACCUGGAGUUCUGUUUGUACGGAAGAGAAGAGCACCUGACCACAAACGGGUACCGGAAAAUUCCGGGAGACAAAUGCCAGGGUGGCGUGAAUCCAGUUCGAGAAGUGAAAGACUUGAAAAAGAAAUGCACAAGCAACUUUUUGAGUCCAGAAAAGCAGAAUUCCAAGUCAAAUUCUGUUCCAAUUAUCCUGGCCACUGUGGGAUUGAUGCUGGUCACAGUCAUAGCAGGAGUGCUCAUUGUGAAGAAAUACGUCUGUGGCGGAAGGUUCCUGGUGCAUCGAUACUCGGUGCUCCAGCAGCACGCAGAGGCUAAUGGUGUGGAUGGUGUGGAUGCUUUGGACACGGCCUCCCACACGCAUAAAAGCGGUUAUCAUGAUGACUCAGAUGAGGACCUUCUGGAAUAGCUCCUCAAAAGAGCUGGGACCGAGUAUGGAUGAUGGAUCCGCAGUACCUCCUACAUUCCCUGUGGCUCCGACUUAGGGAAAUAAAUUUCCCAUUGCGAAGGACCCAGCUCUGUUUCUGCUGCUUCCAUCAAAGCCAAAAGGACCUACACUAAAGAAAUAGGGGGGUGGGGACCCGAAACACUCUUGACAAUUGGCUCGGAGAAGAGAGGGGAAAUUUUUGAUUCUUUAACUUUAUGAGUUCUGUGUUUUUGCAAGGUAUGGGCCCUUUUUGGUUUUGGUUUUUAAGGGAAAUGGAAUUGAAGGGAACUUUUCACUAACUCCACAGUCGCUUGUUUUGCGUGGCACCCACCCCAGAGCACCGGCCAGCUUCGUCAUCAGCUCUCAUGAAGCCCUUGGUGCCGUCCCCGGGCUGUGCUGUCCCUGGACAGUGCCAGCACCACGAAGCAGCUGCAGGGAUGAGCAACGAGGCUGCGAUGACUGGCACAGCCUGGGCAGCCUCUCUCCCUCUGGGGCCAGCCCCGCUCCAAGAAUAGUGCGCACCAGCUCCUCACACAGAUCACUGCUUUUUGUUUUUCUUUCUUUCAGGAGCCACAGGCCACAGUGAUUUUUCUUUUCCCCUGUUUAAUUAGGCAAUACCCUUGUUAAUUGCCCUUUGGCAACUAACUUACAUGUGCUUCCAAGACACUAAAUCAGGAAAACUUAAAGGGCAAUAUUUUUAACUUGGGGCAGGAAGAAGGGAACAGCAGAGAAUUGACUAGAUUUAGCACCUAUUAAAGGAGAAAUUCUUGCUUCUUCCGAGAUCUUUCAAGCCAGGCCUUAUGUGUGUGCCAGUGGACUUGCUCAAGGAUGGGGCUCAAGCUGGGUACUCAGGCUGAGCAACCUCUUCACUGGAGCGGCUGGUGGCGUGUGCAGCGCAGCCUCUGAGGACAACUCAUCCAUGAAUCAUUAGAAUGGCUGCUUAUUCGCUUCUUCUUAGGUUGCUGCUCUACAUGGAGCCGUGACUAGACGUGUUUUCAGAUUUAGGCUUUUAAAAAAAAAAAGAGUUUUGUUACCAAGUUCUCCUCCUUACCCCUCCACUUCCCCAGCUUUGCCAAGUAAUUUGUUGGCUUGAAAUUUUAACCAAACCAACUGAAAAACACACUUCUAGUGCGAAUUGAUGUUUUGUGUGAUACAUUAAGUUCAUAUUUUAAAUUAAAAGUUCCCUUUGACAUUUUUAAAAAAUGAAAUAAAUUAGAAAAUGUAGCGAGGUGGAUUUUUGGGUGGCCAGACAGUGAUGGAAAGCUGUAAUCAGUUUUCGUACAGCUUGACUGUUUGCUAUACUCGAACGUAGUAGUACGUUUUCAGUCUUAGCACACCUACUGUGCCGGUCACAGUUUCUCCCAAUAAUUAUGAUUGGGACAUUCUUUGAUAACUGCCAUUUUGCUGCUAGUUCAUUUUAUGGCUAGAAAGUCAGGAAAAAGUAAAUGUGCCAAAUGAACUUUUGUCAGAAUGUAUGAGCAGAUGGCUGAAUUGUCUUCUCACCAGAAUGGAUUAACAGCAGUAGGGAAAGCAGGGGAGGGAGUGGAUGGAGAAUUUUAGAGAGACUUUGAAAUUGCAGUAAGAUUAACGUAAGUCAGGGAACUAUAAAGUUAAGGCAGUUUUUGUGAAGAGAGUUCAUAUUUGUUAGAGCCAGAGAGCACUAGUUUUUUAGGAAAAUCUCGUUCCUUUUGUAAGGUUUUUAAAUUGAAAGUACUUCCAAAGAUAACACCAGCUCACAAAUGAUUAAAAAGUCUCAGCUUUUAUCCCAUUCACCCUCCCCUCCUGCCCCAUGUGAAUUUGAUGCCCAGAGAAGACCUACUUAGACCAUACGCUCUUCUCCCCAUAAAUACCCACUGAAGUAGACGUGCCGACAUACGGUGGUUCUCUGAUUAGUUUUACAUGUAAGACAGCUAAUAUUCUUCUCUAACCAUGUAAGACUAGGGCUCUUUACCUACAGCAAUAUCUGGGGUUUCUAUAGAACUUGGUAGUUUUCAUGGCACUUUUUCACUUGCAUUAUGUCAUCUGAACCUCACAGCAUUCUUAUGAGAUUAAAAAAACAACAACAACAACGCAGGGUUUGUAAUCCCCAUUAGAGAUGGAGCUGAGGUACAAAAAUGGAGUAAAGGUGUCAGGGUCCCUGUGAGUCCCGAGUGGUGACGGUGAUUGUCUUUGGAUCUCAUGCACUUUGAUGGAUGCUCUUGCUGCCACGUGGGAGCAGGCUGCUUUCUUACAAAGGUCUUGCAGUUCUUCAGGGCACAGGUCAGUGGCCUUUCUUUCAGAGUAGCAUGUAGAGCUCUUUUGCCACCUUAGUAAACAGGAAAUUUUUCGUGGUUUCUCCUGUUCUUCAUGGCUGAAAGCAAAAGUAAUGGUAAUUUUGAGUAUGUGUUUAGAAACCGCCCCUUACAUCAUUGAGGGUCACGGUGGUUCAAGAGUGUGGGAAUGGAAUCUCCACUGAUGAGUCACCCUCUCCAUUUCCCUUGUCCUCCCACCCAUGACUGGCUGGAGAACUUAGUUGGUUUGAGGACUGCUAGCAAGACUGGCUGGCUAGCCUUCCGCAUCUCUCACAAGGGAUAUGCUUGGGCUUAUGUCCUCGGCCCAAGACAAAAACAGCUUAAUAGAUCCACGAUAGCUCCUAAGAAAGAAAGAUUUCUGAUUUGUCCUACUGGUGUCAGGUUGGAGCAUUAUUUCUGAAAAUAAAGUUGUGUAGUCUCAGGCUUAAUAGCAAAAGGGAUUGUUUCAGUAAUAGAAGUUAGCGUCAUAAGGUAGGUUGGACAUAGCAGACUGUCCAGAGUGAUCUGAGCUCUCAAAUCCAGGUGGCGAACUCACCAUCUUUCAUGCUCUGUGGACAGGUGUCUUGGACUUAAGAGGGCUUUUGGUUUUCAUUGAGACCUGAGACCAGGGAUGCAUAGGCCUAAGCUGUUCAUGGAAUGGGAACGCCACUUAGAAGAGUGAAAGUGUUUGGAGGACUGUGGCAGUUCUAGGCUGGGCUCAGGAGAGUCAAUAGAUGAGCUGUAACUAAAGCUUUAGAAUUUGUCAUCUGCCUCUGAAUAGGCUUUCCAGUGUUUCUGUCUCAUUCUUAGGUUUACCUCUGGGCCCCUGCAUGCCGAAGCUGGCCUUUCAUCCCUGGCAGAUAGUAAUGUCCUGGCCACCACUGGCUCUGUCAGCAGCUGGUUCUCCCGUGGCCUUCACUAUGGGACAAGGAUAGAGGAGUGCAGGGCUGUCCACAUCCACCCCACAUGGCAGGACUGGCCUGGCUUCAGUCUUUGUUUUCUAAGCAAAUGAUUCCAGUAGAGAGUUUCGUGUUUCCUCUUAGGAGAGCUUUAAAGAGCCCUGCUUCUGUAUGCAGUGGCUUGGAGCUCACCAUGCUCACUGUUGGUACCGCCCCCUUGCCCCACAUUAACCUGGGUACUUGGAACUGCUAAAAUAGGAAGAGCUUCAGCUUUUCAACUUUGCUACUACCUUCCCUCAAGCAGGUAAAUAAACAUGGACUUACAUGUCCUUCAAACAAAAACCAAAGUUUAAGAUUUCCACAUGAUAGUGAUAGGGAGGCCAGACUGUUCCAUCUGCCACUAGUUUGCCCAGCUCAGGUUGCGCCAGGGACACCGUCCUGCCCCAGGAGGGCCGAGGCCUCGCCCUCAUGGAGGAUGAUUGAAAUAGCAGGAAUAUGUUGAUUUCUUGGCUACUUUGCAUUAUAACAAUAAGAAUCAGAACUCUAAUUAGAAAUUGUCUUCAACAGCUUACUGUAUGCAUUUUUUUUCACACCGGUACAUUCUUAAGCAUCCUUGUUUAUAUAGAAUAACAUAAACUAAUCUGUACCUUUCUAUAUAUAUGUGUGUGUGUGUGUACAUAUAUACAUGUAUAAACUGUAUAGUGUACAUGUUAAUGAUAUGCCCAAAUCCUUAAUGCAGUUCUCAUCCUCCGCAUGCCCUCAGUUUGUAGUCACCUGACUUGAAUGUUCCUGAUGGUUCUGCCCACCUCCUGUGUUUGGACGUCCAGGGAGGAGGGUAGGGCUUUGAUGGUACCCUCCUUAUCCUCGUGCACAGAUAUGCUCAGGGUCCCCAUGUGUGCUUGGUAUCCAUCCCUCUCUUGUUUCCUGUUCCCUGUCUGAGCAUGUGGUCCCUCCUGGUUCUGUAACUUCUCUGCCUCCUCCCCAAGCUGUCAGAUAGCCUUCCUACUCAAGUCUAAAGCAGUAUUAAGAUCAUUACUGCAUGUGCGCUAAAAACCCAAGUUUUCUGUUCCCUUGGGACAGGAAAUUGCAUGUGAGGUGGGAUAAUCAAGUUUCAAUGACCUAUGUCAGUUGCACAACAAAGCCAGACCCCAGAAUAAAAUUCCACAAAAUGGAAAUAAAACUCAAAUUUCUUUAGCACUGUGUAAAUAAAUCUGGAUGUGUUUAACUUUGUACUGGUAAUUUUCUGUAUAUUUGCAAUAUUUGGGUUAGAAAUAAAACAGACUGGACUUUA